AUGAUCUCCCAAAUCGCGACCAGUCUUUCACCGGCAAAAGACGAUCCCAUGAUAGGCUUCCAAAAGAAAGAUUUAAUCAGCCUCAAUCUGCCACACAAUGACGCCCUCGUCAUCAGCAUCCAAAUCCCUCAAGCCAUGGUCGAUCGAGUCCACUCAAACGAGGGCAGCACAGCUAACAUCCUACAGUUGGCGGUCAUCCAACAGAUGGGCUUAAAGACAAAUAUCAAUAAGUCAGCCAGGUGGCUAACCGGCUUUAAUGGCGCGACAACGGUUACUGUAGCACGAUAG